AUGGGCGAUACUUAUAGGUCGACCCGAACCUACCGUGAGGAGGACGAGGAUGACCGUGGUGGAGUACGAAGCAGUACCACCGUUACACGCUACAAGGUUGGCUCUUCCAAAAAUCCCGACCGUUUCGAUCGCAUAGAAGUUGAGGACGACGCUCGCUCUCGCUUCUCCUCUGGCCCCCGUCGCGUAUCCAACGACUUGCCUGACCGUCCGCGCUCCAACUUUGACCCCGCCGACCGCACCCGCACCGUCAUGGAGUCUGACCGUGAAUGGGACCGUCGCUCCCGCCAGGACGACGUCCGUAUCGAGAGACGUGUCGACGAGUCCUUUGAAGACUCUCGCGGCCAUGAUGUAGAGCGCUACCGUAAGGAGACCGAGUACUUUGCCCCUGCCGAGCCAGCGCCGCCGCCCGUCAUGUUCCGUCAGCCGGCACCUGUCCAGGACGCGCCUUCAUCUCAGCCCUUAUACUACAACCGCCAGGAUCGCCCCGAGGCUGGUCCCAUGGUCAUCAGAGAGCGUGACGAUCGCGAAGUCGUCCGCCGAGGUCCUUAUGAAGACGAUUACUACUACAGACAUGAACGCCGCGAGUUUGGGCCUGGUCCCGUUGGGCCAUACCGAGGCGACCCAUACUAUCGCAGAGAUCCCUAUGCUCGUGACCGGGACUGGGGCUUGGCCAGGUAUGAUAACCGUCGCCGAGAAGAGUAUUACAGCGAGGAUGAAGACUACUACGUCUCCAACGGUCGUCGUCGCAGAUCCCGCUCUCGCCGCCACCGAAGCCGAAGCCGCUCUCGCAGUCGCAGCAAGAGCUCUGAUCACCACAAACUGCACCUUGCAGAAGGCGCGCUUGCUGGUGCUGGUGUUACUGCUCUCUUGCAGAGCAAACGUGAUCAGUAUGGUGAUCUUCCUGAAAACAGAGGCCGCAAGGUCCUCGCCGGUGCUGCUCUCGGCGCACUCGGCACAGAAGCGCUCAAGAGGGCCCAUAGUGCCUAUGAAGAACGCUGGGGCGAUCGCGACGAGUCGCCUGACCAUCAUUCCAGACUGAAAACUGGCUUUGGCAUAGCUGCAGUAGCGCUUGCCGCUGCUGGCGCUGCCAAGUACUUCCAGGCCAACAAGAUUGAAAAGGAAGAAGCCCACCGCGGUCGCAGUCGCACCCGCGGCUACGCCUCCGAUGGCUACCACGACUCGCGAUCUCGUUCGCGAUCCAGUCGUGCUCCCAGCCGUCGCAGAAGUAUGUCUAGAAUUGCCAAGGCUGCUCUCGGCACUGCAGCUACAGCUGGUGUCCUUCGUCACCUGCACAAUAGAUCCAAGUCUCGCGGCGGGGAUGGCCGCGAACGGAGCAAGUCUCGUCUGCGCACCGGUGCCAAGAUCGCCGGUGCGGCUGCCGCUGCCGGCGUCGCUGGGAAGCUUUACAAGAAUCACCAAGAAAAGAAGGAGAAGGAACGUUCUCGCUCCCGCGCACGUAGCGACACAGAAGACGACCGAUACCAUGACCGGCGGGACAGAAGUCGCAGCCGCAGCAGGUCGAUGGCCCGAUCCUUCCAUUCCGAUGCUGGGGCUGAUAGAGAGCUAGGCUUAGUUGAGUACGGCAACGGAGACCUGCCUCCUGCCCGCCGAGGAUACGAAUCCGACGAAGAUCGCUCCAGCAGGAGGCGCCGAAGCCGGCGACGUGAGCGCGACUCCUCCUCUUCCGCCUCCGAUGGUGGACGCAAGAGAAGCCAAAGCCGCCUUCGCAAUAUGGCCGCUGCGGGCGCCGCGGCCUUUGGUAUCAAGGAGUACAAGGACAAGAAGGAUCGCGAGAAGCGCGAACGCAAGAAUAGAGAGCGACAGCACUCACGAGACGGAUAUGAUGAUGGCUAUGACCGCCGUGAUCGCCAUGUUGACAGACCGUCUUCGCCACCACAUGCGUCUGGAGGCGCCUAUUACCCGCCUUAUCCGACCACGCCGGGACCCGGGGGACCAGCCGACUUCCAUCCUUACGACAGUCCAGGCGCUGCCCAGUCACACGAAUUCCAGCCGUACAUACCUCAGGACUACAUGGGCUACGCGCCUCCGCCACCACCCGGCCCUCCCCCUGCCCCUAUUCCUGGCCCGAUGACAGGAUAUCCGCCGGAGCCACCCGGACCUCCAGGACCUCCUCCUGGCCCUCCCCUUAGUGGCCCCCUUCCUGGUCCAGCUGCCGGACCAAGCCGACCUCCAGAGCAUGUGAGUAACCAUACCCAAGAUCCAGACAAUGCAGAGCCUAGUCCAGAGGCUCCAAUAAAUGAUUCAUCCUAUGGAAACGGAGGAAAGAAGCCGCCUGCAGCCACAAAGUCGGUCUCAUUCAUCCCAAUGUCACCUAAGAGCACGCAUACGAUGGAAAUGCACCGACGACAACAGCAGCAAGCAGUCAACGGAGAUGUCUCCUCUCAAGAAGACUGCAACUCUGCGGACAAUCAGGAUUGGCGUGUGGGUCAUCAUCGUCGCUCAUCAGACACUACUCAUGAUCGUCCCCGCGGUCAUGGGAAGGCCUAUGAGUCCGACUCUGAGGAAGAGGUUGAACGCCUCCCUGACCGAUUUGAUGGGCAAGGGCGGCCGCUAGCUCGACGUUCCUCUAGCCAAGAUCGGUGGACCAGCCGAUUUGGAACGUUCCGGCGCGAGCCUCGACGCCCCGGCGGGUGGGAUAUGCAAGGAGCGUGGCACGUUGGUGGCACUGAUAGCGAGGCUGUCGAGCGAUUGGCCCAUGGCGUCACAAAUGCGCUAGAUGGCCGUGGAAGCUGGAUGCAAGUUCUUGGAGAGGUUCUUGGUAGUGGCGUGCUCGGUGCGAAUCCAAACGCCCAGGGACAGCCGCGGUUGGAGGAUGGUAGAGCGGCAGGCAAGGAUGACGAGGGUAGACGAAGACUGCGACGAGGGGAAUGA